AUGUUCUGUUAUAUUGUAAUGUCUUGCAAUACAACAACAGACUUAGAUUCAUAUUUAAACAGCAUCAUGGGUAUGUUUUGGUGCGGAUUUAACGGGUUCAACCAAUUGAACAUUGAAUCGAAUGUCAACAUGGAUUUUCAUGCUCAUGGUGACAAAGAAAAUUAUGGCGAAAUUCUACAAGUGGCUUUUUCUUGGAGUACUGCUUCUAUUUUGACAAGUUCUGGUAUAAUUGUUGCGAGUGGCUUAAUCAACAAAAAAAUAAUCAAUUUUGAAGUAUUGAAUGAUUUAGGAUAUGGUCCUUUUAAAUCUAUUUCUUCAUCUGAAUCAAAAAUAUUAGCUCUUGAUUCAAUUGGCAAAUGUUGGUCGUAUUCAAAAUGUAAUGGCAAGUGGAAAGAUAUUACUCCAAUAUUACAAAGCGAAAAGCAAGUCUCUGUAUCCAAAAAUCAAAACCAACAAUCUAUAAAUUAUGUAUGCUGUAGUGAUACAAUCCAUCUAGCAGUUACACAUAAUGAAAUUUAUUCAAUUCCUACUAAAAUAUUCGAUUCAAAAUUCAAAGUCACUCAAGUAGUGUGUGGCUUUGAACAUAUUGUUAUUUUAAUGGAAACUGGUUGCUUAUAUACACAAGGAUCCAGUAGCCGAGGUCAAUUAGGUCAUGGUGAAUUAGUUGAAGAAGAUUAUCCACGGCUUUUAAAAUCUUUAGAUGGUAUUCGAGUGAUUAAUACUUCUGCUGGCGGUUGGCAUACUGCUGCAAUUACAGAGUAUAAUGAUCUAUACAUGUGGGGCUGGAAUCAUUCUGGGCAACUAGGAAUUUCAAAUUCCCCAGAAAGUGGUGGUAUAAUAAUGGCUCCAGAACCAGUACUGAUAAAUUGGCCAGAAGAGACAGAUAUUGAACAAGUGAGUUUGGGGGCAAGACAUUCAAUGGUUCUAUCUAAGAACAAUAUACUUUGGGGUUGUGGGUGGAAUGCUCACAAACAGCUUGGUAUUGAGACAUACCAAUUAACUUGUGACCGAAUGAUUAAUUUGAGUAAUUUAUCACCAUUGCUAAAAUGCAAUGUAAGGAAAAUCGUCAAAGUAGUAUGUGGAGCAUGGAAUAGUGCCUUGUUGUUAGGUAAAUGA